GUUUGUACUUUUUUUAUCCGUGAUUAUAUAUAUUAUACGGUUUUCCAAAUUUUAAAAAAAUAUUGCACUUCCUUUUUUAUCUAUAUCAAGUACGCAGACCCUGUGUGUGACCAGAUUGAUCCAUAUGGACAGCUUCGACAUCGCCUUUUUCGCGAUGCAUGUGUAUACCAUCAAAACAAUUUCAUCAAGGAUCUGAGCCGCCUUGGGCGAAAUAUCGAUCAAAUUUGCAUCGUUGACAAUUCACCAGUGUCCUUCUUUUUUCAAUCAAAGAAUGCUCCCCACCUCUGCUAUCCAUUUUGA